AUGGCAAAUCUUUCUAAACGUGAAUUUCUUGCCCUGGAUAUAUCGGGAAAAAGCUACCUGUCUUGGGUACUUGAUGCUGAAAUUCAUCUUGAUACGAUGGGUCUGGCAGACACUAUCCAAAAUAAAAAUCAAGCAUCAAAUCAAGACCGUGCCAAGGCAAUGAUAUUCCUCCGCUGUCACCUUGAUGAGGGCUUGAAAUUGGAAUAUCUCACUAUUAAAGAUCCUUAUAUGUUGUUGAAUAAUUUAAAAGAUAGAUAUGACCACCUGAAGAUGGUCAUUCUUCCACAAGCACGUUUUGAUUGGGUCCAUUUGAGGCUACAAGAUUUUAAAUCUAUAUGUGAGUAUAAUUCUUCAAUGUUUAGAAUUAUAUCUCAGCUGAAAUUAUGUGGUGCAAAUAUCACUGAUAAUGAUAUGUUGGAUAAAACUUUCACCACUUUCUAUGCGUCAAAUGUGCUCCUGCAACAGCAAUAUCGAGAGAUGGGGUUAAAAAAGUAUUCUGAACUAAUUUCAUAUCAUCUUGUAGCCGAACAAAUAAUGGGUUAUUAA